AUGGGCCUCGGAUUGAUACAGGAUGGGGAAACUGUUCAACCGAACAGUAAUCCUGCCCCUGAAUUUCAUCAACGGUUAGAGGCCGCACUGGCUCGUACUCGAGACCAGCGCGAGCAGAACGCGGGCAUUGCGGAUCAAUCGAACCGCGUUGCGUCUCGUCCUGGAAGCCGGGAGUCACCUACGACCCUCGCCUCGAGGACACCACCGUCGUAUCCCCCAGGAUAUGGACCGCGAACUAUCCGAUCGCCCGCGCCGAAUCCGCUGAACCAACAGUCGGCCGCGACGGUUAGGGUCACCAACGUGGCGGCCCAGCCAGAACGUCGCCGGAGCGUCCACUUUGGACAGGAUAACGCCCACCGCGCGCCGACGAGAUCGUCGCCGUUAGCGGCCUACCCUCCCUACGUCGCACUCGGUGUGUCAGCACCGCCCACUCACGUUCAUUCGAACAUGGGCUCGAUAAGUGGGCAUCGCAACCGGCCUAGUGCACCACAGGUGCAUCCAGCCGCUUCGGCCACCCCGUACGUAGGAGCGACGUCCAACAUUGGUGGAUAUCAGCUGCCUCUACUGGGUGCGCCGAGCCAGGUAGUGUUAGCUGCAGUGGGCCUCAAAGGGGUCACAAUGGCCUAA